AGCACUCGCAUAUUAAACCAGAAAAACGGGAAACAACGCUACGCAAAAAUGCGUACAGCGACAAUCGGUGCCAACUAGUGCUUCCCGGUCACGCGAAACCCAUAAAUCCCAUCAUACAUCCCAAUGGACCAUCUAAAGCCAGGAGACUCCUGCCUCGAGUGCGUGGAACUCGGAUUAGAUCACAAGCUCCGCCUAUUCUACAUCAAUCUUGAAGAGGAACUGCUCAAGUGUGAAUCUCGUACCUGCCUUUGGCCCCACAAUGAUGAGGUUUCCUCGGAUGAGGAUGUAGACUUCGCGGAUCCUGCUGAAAUAGAUCUGAAUGUAUGGAAAUCUGAUCAUUCGUCUGCAAGCUUCUCUUCUCCGCCAGCACAUCCCGCUCCAAAAACGACUGAUAAGGUGGAGAGUUCUUCCUAUUCUGAAGAAGCUUCAUUUCCUGCAACGGAGCCAGACGAUGACGAUGAGUUCAUUAUAGGAUUGCUUCAGCAACUAGAUCCAGCUCCGCAGAUUGUAUCUUCACUUCCCGAACUAUCCUCUGCAGCCCAUCCUGAAACGAAGACCCAGUCCGAUUUUGACAUGCCGAAUCUCAUGGAUUUCAAUAUAGACUUUCCCGAACCUGAAACAGAACCUGCUACAGAAUCCGAAAAACCUCCACUGGAUAAGGAAUCUGACCAUCCACCCACGAAGCUUAAGAUUAAAGAGCAAAAAGGAUCCCUGCUGAAAAGCCUUAAAAGCCAAUUGUCGGACAAGCUGAAUAGUUUGUCGGAAAAGGAAUUGCAAAGUGAAGAAAAAUUCAAUCCUGCUCCUGCUGAUAUCAAACCUCAAAUCACAAGCAACCAGCAGAUAGAUCCCUUCAGCAGCCCGCUGAAGAAAGCCUCUACGCAGCCGCGUAGUCCCCAACCGGCCUUAAAUAUUAUCAUCAGUAUUCCGGAGCUGAAAAAGCCCAAUUCCUUUUUGGAUGUAAUUAAGCGCCAUAACACCGAGCGAUCGUCGGGAGCUCGGGGAGAAAAACGUAACAGAUACCCAGGACGGGGUAGAGGCCGCUACACCAAAGCGGUAAAGCACUUGUUCGACAAUUUGGAGAACACAAAUGGAAAGCAAACGCCGCCCCGACCUUGACUGAUUCAGAUAUGUGUGUUUUUUUUUUAAGUUUUAGAAAUAAAUUUGCAUAUUAAAUAUGCAUAUACCGGAUAAGAACUCAAA